AUGCACUUGCUGGACUUUUUCUCUCUGGCGUGUUUCCUGCUCGUCGCUGCGCUGCUCCAGGGUCCGCACGAGGCUCCCGCCGCCACUGCCUUUGAGUCUGGGAGCAGCGUCUCCGAAGAGGAGCCAGACGCAGGCGAGGCCAAGGCUUAUGCAGGCAAGGACCUGGAGGAGCAGUUGCGGUCUGUGUCCAGUGUGGAUGAACUCAUGACAGUGCUCUACCCAGAAUAUUGGAAAAUGUACAAGUGCCAGUUAAGGACAGGAGGCUGGCAGCACAGUAACGAGCAGCCCAGCAUCAACCAAAGGGCAGAAGAGAAUAUAAAAUUUGCUGCAGCACAUUAUAAUGCAGAGAUCUUGAAAAGUAUUGAUAAUGAGUGGAGAAAGACUCAAUGCAUGCCACGUGAGGUGUGUAUAGAUGUGGGGAAGGAGUUUGGAGCAGCAACAAACACCUUCUUUAAACCUCCAUGUGUGUCCGUCUACAGAUGUGGGGGCUGCUGUAACAGUGAGGGGCUACAGUGCAUGAACACCAGCACAAGUUACCUCAGCAAGACGUUGUUUGAAAUUACAGUGCCUCUUUCUCAAGGCCCCAAACCGGUAACCAUCAGUUUUGCCAAUCACACUUCCUGCCGCUGCAUGUCUAAACUGGAUGUUUACAGACAAGUUCAUUCAAUUAUUAGACGUUCCCUUCCAGCAACACUACCACAGUGUCAAGCAGCAAAUAAGACUUGCCCUACAAGCUACAUGUGGAACAAUCACAUCUGCAGAUGCUUGGCUCAGCAAGAUUUUCUUUUCUCUUCCAGCACUGGAGAUGAGGAAGCCCAUGGUAUCUGUGGACCCCACAAGGAUCUCGAUGAGGAAACUUGUCAGUGUGUCUGUAAAGGAGGACUUCGACCAUCCAGCUGUGGACCCUACAAGGAACUAGACAGAAACUCAUGCCAGUGCGUCUGUAAAAACAAACUCUUCCCCAGCUCCUGUGGGGCCAACAGAGAAUUUGAUGAAGAUACAUGUCAAUGUGUAUGUAAAAGAACCUGCCCAAGGAAUCAACCUCUGAACCUUGGAAAGUGUGCCUGUGAAUGUACAGAAAAUCCACAGAAAUGCUUCUUAAAAGGAAAGAAGUUUCACCAUCAAACAUGCAGUUGUUACAGAAGGCCAUGUCUAAAUCGACAGAGCCACUGUGAGCCUGGAUUUUCAUUUAGUGAAGAAGUAUGUCGCUGUGUUCCUUCGUAUUGGAAAAGACAAAUAUGA